AUGGAUAAAGAAAAUCGAAAAGAACUUUCUUCGAUUAAUUCAUUUCUAGAUCACAUUGGGGAAGAGGUUUCUAACGGAGAAUGUAAAGACCUUCAUAAAUCAGCCUCUAUACACAAAUAUAACAUGAUUCAACCUUCUCCAUCUAGUAUCACGGUUGCCUCUGGGAAUUUGACUUUAAGUGAGGACUACUGUUGUUUUUCGUCCCCGGAACAAAUUUCAGAGAUCUCCAAGUCGCGAGAGCGUCAAAAUUUCAUCCUUUCAGGGCAGAAAGAAUUUGAUAUUAGGCUGCAGAGUGAUCAUUCACAGCUUCCUAUUCAAGAAAAUGGUGUUGACGCAAACCGGUCAAAUCCAUACAAUAUUCAGGAGAUCGAAGACUCGAAUUUACAGGGCGAAUAUAAUGUCUUAUCUCCACCCAUUCAUUCAUUCGCAAUCGACGGUUCGACUGUUUCUGAUUUUCUAGUAUGUACUGAACUAAAUUCCGAUUCGUUAAUUGAAAAUAAUACAACAAACCGUCCUUUGUCAGAUAGCACAAGCGAGAUAGCAUAUACGCCUACAGAUGAUGGAAAUGCAGCAUCUGAUUUUUCUCCGAAGAAAGAGAAGACAUGGUAUCUUGAUCCAGGAGAACCAACUGACUUGAUUAAUGUUCAAAAAUUCCUGGAUUCAUUUAGUAUAGAAUUAAGGAAUCAAGAAGAGAGUAUUCAAAAGGAGCUUCAACUUUCAGAAAGGCUUACAAAAAAGCAGAAUAAGGAAAUCAAAGAUAGAUGCAGUGUGAAUGAAUAUUUAAAGCUCUCUAGCCAAUUUUUUGUUGAUCCAACAAUUUUUUGUCUCCUCCGUCAGUAUCAUAGCGGAUCUAGUAGUAGCACUGGAUCACCUACUUUGUCGCUUCCGUCUUUACCUAUGCAGCCUGAUUCCACGGGCAUCGCUAGAAAAUCCAAAGGAAAAAAUAAAGAGUCACUUUCCUCCACACAAAAUCAGACAAAAAUAAUACCACAAAAAAGGAAUAUAGAUUAUUUGAAAUCGGGAAAUAAUAAAGGUCAUAGAUCAAUUUUGGCACAUCCUAUUCCGUUUAAUAACGCUACCGACAUUUUUUCAAAUAAUUUGCCAACAAAAUCAAAUUCGUUAGGCUUUGGCCACCGAGAUUCAAAACCACGACUUAAUUCGUCAAACAAAAGCUCUCUUUCAGAUCAUAUAACGGAAUAUGGAACGAGCAUAAGACCAGAGCCGUCAGCUUUGGAAUUAAGAUUCUGGGAAAUGGCAAAAGAGUUGGAUAAUUCUCCUUUGGCAAGCCUAAAGGAGGAAAAUAGAAUUAAGGUUCCUAAGAUUCGCACGGAAAUGAAUUAUAUAGCAUCUAAAAGCUAUAAAGGACUUCCCAAAUCGCAAAGUGCUGUGAAUAAACACGAAGUCAUUCUUUCAGUUGCAUUUUAUAAUCAGAAUAAACCGGCCACUCGUAUGCAAGAAUUUCUUGUUUUGGGAAGUCAACCUCUGACAGCUUUGAGGGAUGCUUUUUAUUGCCUUCGAGAUUUUUAUAAAGUUACACCAUGGGAGCAACCGACACAAAAUGCUAUAACAAACUUGACGGAUAAGAAAACCUCAUCCAGCUACUUUUUUGUUGAAAAUGUAUUUUAUAAUGACUUACGAGAUCCAAGAGCUAUUGAUUAUAGCAA